GGGGGGGUUGCCUGGCGGCGCAGUAGCGCGGGAGGCGGCGAAGGGUGCAGGAGCAUCGCUUGGAAGGGGACAAGGGGACGCCACGGGCCAAAUGUCUGGGAGAGAGCCGAGCCUUUUCCCGGACCCUCGCCGAGGGCGACCGUGAUGCGGCAGAACCGGCCGGAGCGACUCGCCGCCGCCGCUGUCUGUGCUCUCGGAGACCCCAGCGCCCGCCUUCUGCAGGGAAGCGACCAUGGCCAUAGAUCGUGACUUGCCCCCCAGCCACUUCCCCUAGAAAGAAAUCCUCGGAAAAGUUGCAUUUAAAAAAAUCCUUGCGCUGACCUUUGGGGCCGACGGGGCAGAAGAAGCGUGCGUGCGUUUGCAAGCAAGAGAACGAAAGGUGUGUGUGCAUGGGGGGCCGGCGGUGGGAGACCCUCCGCUGCCACUUCGCCUAGCUUUGUGCUGAGGCCCCGGCCCCCGCCCCUGGGACGCCGGGGCUGCGAUGAGCCCCUGCGGGCGGGCCCGGCGACAAACGUCCAGAGGGACCAUGGCUGUACUGGCGUGGAAGUUCCCGCGGACCCGGCUGCCCAUGGGAGCCAGUGCCCUCUGUGUCGUGGUCCUCUGUUGGCUCUACAUCUUCCCCGUCUACCGGCUGCCCAACGAGAAGGAGAUCGUGCAGGGGGUGCUGCAACAGGGCACGGCGUGGAGGAGGAACCAGACCGCGGCCAAAGCGUUCAGGAAACAAAUGGAAGACUGCUGUGACCCUGCCCAUCUCUUUGCUAUGACUAAAAUGAAUUCCCCUAUGGGGAAGAGCAUGUGGUAUGAUGGGGAGUUUUUAUACUCAUUCACCAUUGACAAUUCAACUUAUUCUCUCUUCCCUCAGGCAACCCCAUUCCAGCUGCCAUUGAAGAAAUGCGCGGUGGUGGGAAAUGGUGGGAUUCUGAAGAAGAGUGGCUGUGGCCGUCAAAUAGAUGAAGCAAAUUUUGUCAUGCGAUGCAAUCUCCCUCCUUUGUCAAGUGAAUACACUAAAGAUGUUGGAUCCAAAAGUCAUUUAGUGACCGCUAACCCCAGCAUAAUUCGGCAAAGGUUUCAGAACCUUCUGUGGUCCAGAAAGACAUUUGUGGACAACAUGAAAAUCUAUAACCACAGUUACAUCUACAUGCCUGCCUUUUCUAUGAAGACAGGAACAGAGCCAUCUUUGCGGGUUUAUUAUACACUGUCAGAUGUUGGUGCCAAUCAAACAGUGCUGUUUGCCAACCCCAACUUCCUGCGUAGCAUUGGAAAGUUCUGGAAAAGUAGAGGAAUCCAUGCCAAGCGCCUGUCCACAGGACUUUUUCUGGUGAGCGCAGCUCUGGGUCUCUGUGAAGAGGUGGCCAUCUAUGGCUUCUGGCCCUUCUCUGUGAAUAUGCGUGAGCAGCCCAUCAGCCACCACUACUAUGAUAACGUCUUACCCUUUUCUGGCUUCCAUGCCAUGCCCGAGGAAUUUCUCCAACUCUGGUAUCUUCAUAAAAUCGGUGCACUGAGAAUGCAGUUGGACCCAUGUGAAGAUACCUCACUCCAGCCCACUUCCUAGGGACAAUGGAAGAAGAAAAGACUGAACCAGGGUAUUUUUGUUAGGUUUUCUAUGUGACUCCAAGAGGGAAUGGUCAAGUUGUUUCAUGGGUUUGCAUGGGCCCUUGGAAAAACAGGAAAGGAACGAUGAAGAUCCAAGCAAAACUUUACUUUCAGUGUUGGCUUGGAGGACAAAUAAGAAAUGAAACAUCCUAUGAAAUACUUUAUAGCACAUGGCAGAUUUGCAACUAGUAGAAUGCUGGUGAAAUGCUGUUGGUAAAGCACAUGGUUCAAAUCUAGAAGAUGCGGUUCAAAAACAAGACAGACUUGAGUUGUUAGGGCUGAGAAAUCAAUCAAUAUAGAAUAAAGAAAAUGUUGGGAUAAAAGUGUUGCUGAUUGUCAACACAAACUGGCUUAAUAAUAUUAAUAAGAACCUGUCUUAUUAAGACUGGCUUUAGAACUGUAGGUUUUUUAAAAAAUUAUUAUUUAUUUUUGCCCUCUUUAGGGGAAGUGGGUGGGUAGAUUUAAAAAAUCCCUUCCUGAGUAAUAAAGAUACAAAAUGUUACUGCUGAUAAUUGUGAUUUGUUGAGCCACGUCUAUAUUAACUAUAUCUCCCCUCUAUUUUUAAAAUUUUACAUAAGAAUUGCUUCUUCCUCUUUUGUCAACUCUACAGAGACAAUGUGAAGCAUUAUUGAAUUUAGACUGUGUUGAUUCAUAGUCUGGAUAACAGGAGCCACUUUCCUUCCUCAGAAUUUAGGACAUAAACCCAAUUUUAGGUCUGCAUUAUGUAAGCCUGUUUGCAUUGUCAUUUUUAUUUUAGUGCAAAAAACUACCAAUAUAAGUGCAUUAUUUAUUUGUAAAUUGGCAUAAUUGUCUUCGUAAUUCAAUAUUCAGAAAUGCAGUAAAGCACAAUGAUG